UACUGCUGGUGAGAUCGUCAAUAUAAUGGCUGUUGAUACUCAAAGAGUUGUUGAUUACAUUAUGAGGAAUAAGCACUAAUUAAAAGAAAUUAAACACAUAAACAUACACACUUUUUCUUAUAACAAAACACAUGUUUUUCUACUUUUCUGCCAUCUAGUUUUUAUAAUCAAAACUUAAUGUAAACUCAAUACAAACCUACCUGUUUUGAUACAGGUGACUCAACCAAACAAUGUUAACGUGAAAUAAUGUCCUAAAAACCUAAUGCAUCAUAACUAUGUAUUUUUAAUGCUAACUAAUUUACAUAUUGACCUUACUUUUACAUAACAAACUUUGACCUACAACCCUUUUGUCUCAAUAGGGACAUAUAUAAGGACCUAUGGUCAACCAUAUUUUUGUCAAUUGUCUUUACUAAUAAAGUCACUUUUAAGUUACUCCCUCUGGUGUUUUCUUUUUAAACCAUUCAGCUUCAUUUGAAAAAUGGAAUUCUUGGAACUCGAGCCCAGUUUCGACCCCUCAUUGUUGGAACCCCCUUCAACCCCUGGUCAUUGGUUUGGUGGCUCCCUCUCGGAGGAAGAAGAAGAAGUACCUCCCUCUCCAGCUGUUAAAUCACCUCGUGGUCCAAUUAUACUCACUGGUGGUGGCCUUAAGUUCAACUUCAACCCUCCUAAAGCCAUUCCAGUCGCUCCUGUUGGUCCAACUCCAUCUCCAAGUAUUGUAACUGGUCCAAUUCGUCCAUCUGGUCCUCGUGAUAAUUCUAUUCGCCCUCUUGGUGGUGUCUUACCAGCUUCAACCACAACUUCGGUAACUCCUGCGGUACCUCUGACUAAGAGCCAGAAAAAGCGACUCUGUUACAAGCGCAACUUAAAACAGAAACGCUUAGAAUCAGAAUCUUCUGGUACAAUCUCGUUGGCCGUUGAGCAUAACGUUCUUAAAGAGAAACGAAAGGUUGAAAAGCGAGCUAUCAAGGCUUUUCAUACUGGAAUCAAGGAAGCAGCCAAAGCAACCGAGAGUGAAAACGUGGUCCCUGCAUCAUUCUUCCAUUCAAGUGAAAAUCAUCAAUACUUCAAAGAUAACCUUCCAAGUCGUAUACUAUCAAGAGAAUCUCUUUCUAUCGCUGAGAAUCGAGCUAAUCGUGCCCUUAAAUUCAAUUCUAUUGUAUCAGACUUUGCUCCCAAUCCCCAACCAACUGUAAAUAAUCCUAGUGAUUAUCUCCAUCAUCUUGUAUUUCACAAAUAAACAUGGCUAACAAGAAAA